AUGUCUCAGGCAGCACAACAGCUCUUCGAAUUUAAAGGCACGUUCAUUGAGAACCUGCACGUGCUUUCUAACGGAAAUCUCCUCCUCAGCACCUUGAAAUCUUCAGGGCUUCUUUAUACGCUUGAUCUGAAGGAGAAGGAGCCCACGCCGAAGGCUAUCACUGGAUUCGGGAAAGCCACUGCUGUGACCGGCAUCGUACCUCUGGGCGGAGAUCGCUUUGCCAUCGGUGGCGGUGUACACACGUCCUUUGCCUUUGAGCGAGGGACUAUGCAAGUUUAUAUUGUAUCCCUCGACACUCAUGAGGUCGUUUCCAGCGUGCCGGUCCCAGAGACCGCCACAAUUAACGGCCUGGCGCCGCUUCCUGGGACGACAGACGUGGUUCUCGGCGCCGACACAAUCGACGGACGAAUCUUUGCCAUCAAUCUGACAACCAAGAAUGUUUCAGUGUUGCUGGACCACGCUACCUUGAAGGCUUCGACGCUCAGUGGAUAUGGCCCACCACUUGGCAUCAAUGGCAUCCGAGCCUAUAAAGACUAUGUUUACUUUACCAACUCAGGAGAAGGCACUUUUGCGCGCUUCCGUGUCGAGGGAGGAAGCAAGGUUGGCGACGUGGAAAUCGUUGCGAGGGCGCCAAAGAAGGGGCUCGCCUUCGAUGACUUCAUCUUUGACAGCGAAGGAAAUGCGUACAUUGCCACGCAUCCCGGGUCCGUUAUCAAAGUCAAUACAGAUGGAGAGGUUUCUACUAUUGCAGGUGAUGGCCCAGAUAGUAUUUUCCGAGAAGCGACGAGCAUUGCCAUGUCCUUGGACCAGAAAUCCAUCUAUGUAUCGACGGGGGGCGAUUUUAUAAAUCAGACGGUCGGAGGACAAAUCAUUGAGGUUCAGCUCUGA